GCUGUAGUGAAGGACGCAUUCAAAACUGAUAUUUGCGAAAAACAAACACAAAAUCACCUCUUCCUCUGAUCGUCUGAUUUUACUGCACAUAAAGCAUGCCUGUUCCGUUUAAGGGCGAAUCGGAAUACGAUGCCAAAUUCAGAUGGCUCGAUUCAGUGAAGAGUGCCACCUGCCAUUUGGCACCAGAACAAGAGGCGCCUAGAGCAGGCCUCGGUUCUGCAAACCUAGGUAGGCCCAAGUCUGCUAGUCUUCCUAUUGAGCCCCCGAUCCAACGGAAGAAGAAACCGUUCGACAUUGAACCCACGGAGACUACCAAGUUCACAGCCGGUGCAGAUGAUGCGGAUAGUUACGUUCUGUUGGGCGAUCAGUCCAAGUUUGGUCAAAGCGUACGAUACAGAAGUCUUAAGAAUAAGUCCCCUUCAAGGAAAACUUACAAGGUCUUCAAGCAUGAUCGCUCCCCAUCAGCAGAGGUUCGACGUCCAGUUUCUCCCCCACGAAAACCCGAAUCCGAUCCCGGGUCUCCACCACCUGCUCCAAGGCCGGAUGGACCACGACAGUCGAGGCCUCGACCCGAACCAUCAAAGCGGUCAAAAUCCUCUCCACCACCGGAGAGGAGGCGUUCCCCAUCUCCACCGGUACCAAAGCGGUCCAAGUCACCACCUCCUGCAGAACCGGCGAGGAUGAAUGCUUUUGUGCAAACCAACAUGACAAAGGGAAGAGCAGACUCUGGAAUGGAAGCAACUGCUGAUUAUGGAAUGAAGUACAGAGCGGGCGUUGCCCCCAAAAGACCCGAGGGGCCCAAGCGAGUGUCUGAAUACAAGAAGGCAUUUGAGUGGAGAGACCCAGUCCAAGUUGCCCCUCUAUUGGCAGCGGAGCAGUUAGUUUACAAAAGUGACUCGUCUCUUGGGCCAUACAAGUCAAACGUGCAGAGGAAAUCCGAAUAUGAAUCUGAAUUCAAGAAAUUUGCUCCACGGCCUGCUGAGCCCUCUUUCAGCCCGAAGAAAGGUGAAGGAGUUGGCGCCAAGAAGGAUGAAGGGCCGUCUCCAAAUAAGAAGACAAAGGUCACUGAGGUCGUGAAGAAACCGGCUAAGAAACGCCACCCAACUGAAGAGGACAAAAAGGAUUUGAAGGAAGCUGUCAACCCCCAGAAACCCUUCAUGCCCCAUGGCAAACACAGACGCACAAAAUCAGAGUAUGCUUCCAACUUCCAAGCACCUGCAGCAUAUUCCUACAAUGAGGGAGCAUGGAAGGGGGCAUAUCCAGCACAUAUCUUCCCACAGAAAGAGACAGCUGAGCCUACUUCAGCUGAUUCCUCAAGCAGUUGGUUCCAGGAGGUCUUGGAGUUGCGUCGUCGGGCCCUAGAGUACAGAAAGCGGGCGUACGGCACCCAUUUCUCACGCUCGCAUGUUGGCCAGCUGAUGGCGAAGAAUGCGGACAUGUGGGAUACGGCUAGCGAGAGCACGAGGACAGUUACCGCCAUGUCUUUGGAAACUGGAUCACAGGUUUCAAGCCGUAAAGGUCCCCAUAGAGGAGAUGCCCAGAGAGAUCAGGAAUUACAAGACGUAAAGAAAAAACUCGCUUGGACACAGACUAAACAGAGAAGAGACCAGUCCCCACCAUCAGUGAGUCAGCAAGGGUCUGUGACAGGGUCUGCUAGUAAUGGAUCGUCUAUCAUCACUCGUGAUAGUCAAGUGGCACAUGCAUCAGACUCUGAUACUUUAGUUGACGAAGAAAUCGGGCGUAUUCCGACUCCAAGGCUACGGCAAGAAGUCAGAUCAGCGAGGCGGCACCAUUUAGACAUAACAACUCCGUCAGUUGGGGGUGCCCUACUGGUGUCUCCACCCCCUGUUGCCCGGCAACAGAAUUAUGAGAGUCCUAAUGUUAGCCUACGGGAGGAACCGAGCAAGCAUAGUUCGGGCCGAUCACCGCCUGAAGAAUGCCAAGAUGAAUCUGAUGAUGAUGAUGAUGAUGACCGCACCCCAACGCCACCGCCAAGAAGAGUUGCACCUAAACAGCGUGACAUCUCAUCCCAGACCAGGGUCGUCAGGCCGAGGAAGACGGUGUCCGCACCGGUGAUCCCCAGACCUGAAUCGCACUGUAGCUGCGGGGCAGAUGAUGAACCCCCAAUCCACUCAAAGAAAACUUAUAAGAAGUCGUACAAGGUCUCUCCCCGAUCAGUGCCGUCUCCAACAUUUGGCAAGCCCACCGAUGACAACUGCCCCCUGGUGGAUGAAGAGGCAUCAACAGACCGCCCACUCGAGACAGAAUUCAUCAAAUCUUUGCCUUUUGGAUCAGCAAAUACCAAAACCAAACGUUCGUCUACUGCUCAACAAAAACGGGCAUCACGGAUGUCUAAUGUUGCCAUCCCUUCAACUAUCAAAGAAGGGUUUGGGGAAACAUACGGACGGGGGUCCCGCAGGAAAGAAAUGCCAUGGGACAUGUUUGGUAACAAACCCGACAUGCUCCCUCGAGAAGAUGAUGAUGAUGAUGAUGUCUUAUCUACCUCAAUGCGCUCCAUCGCAUCGAGCUGCUCCCUCGCUUCCGAGACAUUGCAACGUGCGGCGAAGAAUCGCGAUGAUUUCUGGGGUGGCCGAAAAGGUGCAACCGUUCGAUAAAGAUCUGUACCAGACUAUCUUGAUAUUGGAGUCGUUUUAUUCGAGCAUUUUGUGACCCAAUUACUGAACUUUCUAAUCAAUUUAACCUAUUAUCUGCGUAAGACGCCAUAUGACGACCUGGCCUAAAGACCGUGCAUUGCGCAAGACGUCAUAUGGCGUUCUAUGUUUGUGACUCGCCUCGGCCCAGGCAACACUCAGAAACUUGAUGGUGAAUCCCCUUAGAUUGUCAGCACAGUAGUUUAGUUUCAGAACACUACGGGCCGCCACUGGCACCACUUUUUGAGCUGAAUCAUGGCUACAGCAUGCAAGACGAAGCGGCCGUUAGAUGAGGAUGUGCAUGUGUAAUCUAAUUAAUUACACAAUAGGACGCGGUUAGCAAAUAAAAAAUUACGCGGUUAACAGGUUAAUGGUCACAAAUUUUAACAAGAGAGUAAUGCUAUUAGAAGGAUUCUGAUUUUAAUCAAAUAACAAUACACAAACUUUUAUCAAAUUGUCUCCAAAUUCAGCUGAUAUUUGGUAUUUUCAAACCAAAUGACAAAAGGCUGGAAGUUUUAUCUUUCGAGUUGCAUUCCAAGGUAGUAUUUGUGCCUUUGUGUGAAUAUGUUCAGGGGCUACCUUUUCCUCCUCUUGGAAGACUAAAAACGUUUUCUUGAAAUAAAGGGGAUUUUAGGCAUGAUUAAAUUUUAAUGUCAGAAAUCCUCUGAACGAGAUGUUAUUGAGACCAGUCUUAUAAACUUCGAUGUAACAAUUGAUGCUCUUGUAGAAGUGCACUGCAUUUUAUGCAAAUUGCGAUACUGCUGUUUGUCUGAAUAGUUGAAAUGAAUGCAGCAUUUCAUUGGCUGGGGAGAAAGGACACUCCUUGAAAAUGCGGUGAGGAAGUGUGGCAACUUUUAACGCAUGUGUGGGGCCUGUCGAACACCAUCAUGUAAAUAGCUUAUUGGUAUUUUUGGUUUAUGUUGAUUUGUAUGCGGGCAUACAAAUAAUGAUAAGUUUACAAUUUUGUUUUAUUAUGAAACAUUGCUGGUGCAAAUUAUAUUAUUUCAAUCACUUGUGCAAAGAUUCUAAUUUGGUUUUGUAACUUUUCUUGGUUGGUACUGUACACUCAUGUCGUUUAAAAGCUAUCAGGCUAACAAUUGAGCUUAUCUCAACUGUUGAUAAGAGCAUACGAAUUAGCAGGGCUUUCCAAUUCCUAUAAGCAGGUUGUUGGGGUGACUGGCGGAACCCGGGGGGACCAGAAAACUGACAGACUGGUGGGGUAAGCAGCCUGUAUCAAAAAAAAUUUCAAUAAUUUCAUACUUUUUUUUCAAAAUUUUUUCGGGUUUUUUUACUCCCAAUAACAUUUUAAACACCAAACACAUGGCAAUGAGUAUAAACAAGUCUAUUUUAACCUUAAAUUCUUCCUUAUUGGGGCUUUUAAAUAAUGCAUACAGUUUAUCCCAAAAAGUGAGUUAGGGGUAGUGGUGCGUUUUUCACGGCAUUCUCUCUCCAUCGGAGACCAUCAGCGACGACCUGCUUUGAGGAGAAUUUGGAAAGCCCUGAGUUAGGAACUAUGCACUUGCGCUGGUUAUAGCCACGGCCCUUAUUUUAUGACUAGUUAAGCACUAGCUACGUAGUUUUAUGUAUUCUUUUAGCUAUAGCCUGCCAGUUAUGUGUCGUCAAUAUUAUUACAAUCCUGUCACAACUUAGAUAGAGUAAGAUACACUGAAAACAUCAAAUGGCAAAAUAGGUAUUCAUGGUUAGUGCAGAGAACAUUAGUUUUAAUAGAGCCUACAUAUCAUCAAUGUUGUCAAAAGCUCACAAUAACACAUGAGAAAACUCCUGCAUUCAGGAUUCAUCAUAUCAUACACAUAUGUAAUGUAGGCCUACAUAUUACGGACUGAGUGAAUUUUGAAUUCUAAACAUCUUGGUGCACUCGGUUUGGGAUGACCCGUUGCGUAAGUCAACCAAUAUAUAUUUUUGAGUCAAUAACGUAGAUUUUUAAUUAAAGGGUAAUAUAGUUUAUGAUUGCUAGUAGUUGACAUUAUAAAUUAAUCCAUGAAGUGGGUCAAGUUGUGAAAGUCUAUUUAGUUCAGUGUUUGUACCCUUUUGUAGUGUGAGUGCGAGUUAUAAUUUUUAAAAGGCCUAUAGAGACUUAGUAAGUUAGUUAGGAAAAGUUUUAAAUUAUUUUGAUUUUCAACAUGAUUGCUUUCUUUUAUCAGGCAUUUGGUGAUUCUCUAAGAGCAGUGUACGGAAGAAAAACUGAUUAUUUUUUUAAGAGUAGAUAUUUUUUGUUGCUUUGCAUUGUAUGCCUGAGAAAGGUCAAGUGCCUUGUCGUUGUGUAACAUUUGUGAUGAAAGGUAAAGUAAGGUGGUACAAUUAUAGCCCGAGUAUAAUUAUAGCCUCAGUGUGUGAUAAUGUGUAAUACCAUGUGUUUUCUACACUAGGGCCUAUAAUUGUACCACACUACCUUACAUACUGUCUUUUAUAAUGAAAAUAUCCCUAUGACCUGUGUGUUUGAGGAAAUAUUGCUUGUAAUGUAGAUUUUAGUUUUGAUACACAAGAAAAUGUAGUUAUUUUAUAAAGAAGAUAGAUUAGAAAAAUUAAAAUU